AUGUCAGAUCCAACGGCAACUCCUGGCCCCAAGCCAUCUAGCAGCGUCAAGCUGGUUCUACUUGGUGAAGCUGCUGUUGGAAAGUCCUCGCUCGUCCUUCGAUUUGUUAAUGAUGACUUCCAAGAGAACAAGGAGCCGACCAUCGGUGCUGCCUUUCUGACGCAGAAAUGCUCUCUCCCCACGCGUACAAUCAAGUUUGAAAUCUGGGAUACCGCAGGCCAAGAACGUUUCGCUUCCCUCGCGCCAAUGUACUAUCGAAACGCACAAGCUGCCCUCGUCGUCUACGACCUCACUAAGCCUUCUUCCCUCACGAAAGCGAAACAUUGGGUCGCCGAACUCCAACGACAGGCAAGCCCGGGCAUAGUUAUCGCGCUGGUUGGCAAUAAGCUCGAUCUCACAAAUGAUGGAAACGGAGAGGGUCCGCCGUCUGCCAACGACACCGCGGAAGCAGCAGAAUCUUCAUCAGCGGAUGGUGGUGAUGAGGAAGAGAAUCCGGGUGAACAGGCUACUACACCUGGCGAUGCAAGAAAGAUUUCUACGCAGGAAGCGAGCUCAUAUGCAGAUGAAGAGGGCCUCUUAUUCUUCGAAACGAGCGCCAAGACAGGUGUUAAUGUUGCAGAGGUUUUCACGGCUAUCGCAAACGCCAUCCCAGAAACCAGUCUCAAGCCUCCCAGAGGAGCAGGUGGCGCUGGUGCUGGUCAGACCAAUUUAGGAUCCGGAAGACCAGGGGAAGAUGCGCGAGUCAACCUUCGAGAGCGCGGUGCAGCUACUGCAAAGGAAGGCUGUGCUUGUUGA